AUGCAGAAGAAACCGAUAGAAAAUAAAUCUGAAAGUUCAAUUGAAGCUGUCAGAGAAACGCUGUGGCAUGCCUCUGAUAAGAUUGGGAAGUGUUGUGCAAUGUCGCAAAGCACUGAAACAAAACAUUACAAGGUUGCUCCUGUCUUGAUCGGGAACAGACUUUACUCCCUGAAUGUCGUCCUUGUCCACAUUUCGGGAGGUCCUUGGCGGAUCCGAAUUUCGACUGAAAGCGAUCCAAGUGUCUUGUUUAUUGGGGAGCACAAAAUGCUCGAUGAGCAGUGGUCAACUCUUUUUGAGCAGCUCUCUUCAUCGGUUGCAGAGGACGGAUUGAUACCUUUGCGGGUCGAUAUCGACACCGAAAAUGUCUUCUUGGUGUGUCAUGCGAAUGGGACGGUGCGAAAGCUACCACUCCGAGCACCCACUGAGCGUGAGCUUAAUCUCCAUCUUGUUGCAGUCUUGGCCGCAGAGAAAGCUGCACAUGCUGAAGAGCGGAGAAAACGCGAGGAGCUUUAUGGAAAACUCCUUGCAACCGAGGCAGAACUUGCUAAUGUGAAACAGCGUGCAGUUUGGCAAGAAAAAGAAAUGGAGUUGCUGCGACUGCUUCUGCGAUCUCCUUCCGGACCCACGCUAACGUCUGAUAAGUCCAAAAAUUGUUUACCCUAUAAAUCUGCAAGGUCGCAUGCUUGUUCAGCUGAUGUAACUGGCAUAUCCAAGGACGAUUCAUGUGGCGUUUCAGAUCAAGAUAAUGUUGAUGCCGACUCAAAACAUAGUUACGCGGACAAUUUGAAGCAUGAAGCAACAUCGAGUACGGCAUCACCUGCUACCUCGUCUUCUCCGGUUGAGCAGCCACAACAGAACUUACUUCUCGGGAUCGCUCAGUAUAUACUGUGUCAACUCUGUCCCGAGCAGACUCCUGAUCUUAAAGUUAUGGAAGAUCAUUUCUUGAGGACGCACGUCAACAAGGAGAAACGAAACUGUGAGGCUUGUCCGUCGGAAGAUCAGCCUGAUCUCAUUCAGCACAUGAGGAGGCAUACAAACAGGAUCUACGCCUGCGAAUACUGCGGUAAACGUGGCCGACGAAACUACUUGAAGGCGCACAUCAGAACUCACACCGGCGAGAAGCCUUUUAGUUGCGAAACUUGCGGGAGAAGUUUUGCUGACGGAAGCACGUUGCGUCGACAUCGCCUGGUACACUCCGGAGAAAAGAAGCACAACUGUCCUAUCUGUGGCCGAGGAAUCGCCCGUAAGGACAAUGUCAAAACACACAUUCGCAGUCAUGGAGUGCAUUGCUAAUGCUUCUCCUAUUUUUUAUUUUCUUUGAUCAGUUCCGCUUUCUAAUAAGUCAUUUAGCUUGUCAUGUUAUUUAAAAGGGUCACAUUUUCCCAGAUGAGAUCGUUUAGAUAAUCCUUAGCUUUUUUCAAGUAAGUAUUUGUACGUAUUAUAUUUAAAACGCUCAAAGGGUAUUGCAUCCCAGAGUAAGAGGUUCAUGUAGGUUUGUGAACUAUCAGUCUCUACAGGUAUUCUUUUUGAGUGUUACCUCUAGGUUCCAGGGUUGGAAGCUAGUACAUAUCCAAGAUCUUUGUCGCCAUUGUAGAAAUUGUGGAUAGGCACGUUUGAGCAAUAACCAAGUCGUUGGGCAUCCGUCAAUCGAUGUAUUCUAUUUUUGCAAGCUUUUUCGUUCAAUUGUCUUAGGUCGAUAAACAGAGAAUAUAGUGCUUAGUCUUUCCUUCAAACACGUAGAUGCGUUGAGAAUAAAUUU